AUGGUGAUGUCUGGAAGAGUAUACAGCUGGUACUCGGCGCUUUUAGCGGCGAUGUGCAUGGUGCUUUAUGGAUUCGAUGCUUCAGUAUUCAAUUCCGUCCAGGCCUCGGACAACUGGCUGGCGUACUUCGACAUCGACAAGGAUGAAGACACACAACUCAUUGGACUAAUUAACACAUCCUACACGAUUGGAGCUAUUGUGGCUGGCUUCUUCAUCGGCGGCCCUUUGGCCGACUGGGGCGGACGUCGUGUUGGAAUGGGGGCUGGCUGCUUCGUCACAAUCAUCGCCGCCUUCAUGCAGGCCUUUGCGCCCCGCCAUAAUCUCGGCGUGUUCAUCGCUGGACGUGUCAUCAUUGGUCUCGGGCAGGGUAUGGCUUUGACGGCCGGCCCCGUCUACAUCAACGAAAUCACCCCGGCCGAGAUCAGAGGUGUUGUCAUGACAUUCUGGCAGCUGAACUUCAGCGUAGGGUCCUUCAUCGCUUAUUGGAUCAACUAUGCGUGCAGUCUCAACCGCGAGAAGCUUGGCGACUGGGAUUGGCGUAUGGUGGUCGUCUUCCAGAUCCUUGUUCCUUCAAUCGUCUGCUCCCUACUGUGGACCAUCCCCGAGUCCCCAAGAUGGUACAUCCAGAAGAACAAGCCGGAAAUGGCUCACAAGGCCAUGUCCUCCCUUCGAAACAGCCAAGAGGAGGCCGACCAGGAGCUUCUCUCCAUCAAGGAAGCCAUCGAGUAUGAAAAGGAAGCGAUCAGUACCAACUACACCGCACUUUUCAAGGAUCCCUCAGUUAGAAAGCGCCUGUUCUUGACCAUGAUCCUGAAUGUUGGUCAGCAGCUCACCGGUCAAGGCACGCUCAACAACUAUUCUACCCCCAUCUACCGUAAGGUUUGGCCGGAUACGAGAACGAUUAACCUCAUCAACGCCCUCAAUGGAACUUUCGGUAUUCUCUUCACCCUGAACGCGAUGUGGACAGCUGAUCGCUACGGUCGACGAUGGCUGUUCAUGGUCGGUGCCGUCGGCAUGGGUAUCUGUAUGGUGCUAGUCCCUGUUGUAAGCAUGACUACGCCGGAGCUACCCGGUGGUGUGAAGACGCAGCCAGUGGGGAUUGCCAUUGUGUUCCUCCUAUUCUUGUUUGCGUUUUUCUACAAGCCCAGCUGGGGCGCUACCGUCUGGAUCUACACUGCCGAGGUGUUUUCGAUGAACAUCAGAGCUCAAGCCGUCGGAAUGUGUUCUCAGUCACAAAACGUCGCAAACACCAUCUUCCAGCAGUUCUUCCCUACGUUCCUCAAGAACACCGGGCUGAAAUGCCUGUUCUUCUUCAUGGCCGUCAAUUUUCUAUUGGUCGCUUACGUCUGGUUCUUCAUCCCUGAAACCAAAAAGGUUCCGCUUGAAGAGAUUGACGUCCUAUUCGGCGGGGCCAACCAUGUCGAGAAGGGUAGUCAACUCGUAGGCCUGGGCCCCGACAAUGAUGCGAAAGAAGUAGCGGUCGGAGAGCAGACUUUGAGGAAGAGGCAGGACACUGAAACCAAGGAAAUUCUUAUUCCGAUCUUGGGCAGCUCUCUGGCUUCUCUCAACGAAGAGGUGCUUGCUGCAAUUGUCAUAUUGAGGCAGUAUGAAGAGAUGACAGACUCCGACUUUGGCGUUCACCUAUCCGGCAGUUCGAAACUUCUCAACUCAAUGUUCAGCUUAGCAAGCAAGGGCGGCCUCGGCGAAGCCGCGAGCUGGAUCGUCCUCCGCCAGGAUUACUGGGUCGCGCUCGUCAAGUCGCAACCGAUGAGCAUCAACUUGGAAAGCUACAAAGGUUCGGCAUCCUUUAUACGAACAGAGCCGGAGUGUCUCGCAAACAGAGCGGUGUUUCUUUGCGCCCAGGCCAUCGCCUACGCCUUCCAGCCGGCCGCGAUCCGGGACGUCGAGAGUUGGAAUAAGCUCAACCAACAAUUGGGCGAUUGGCUGGUCUCGAACCCAUGGCACGCAGAUCCUCUUUGGGUGGAGCCACCUCACGAGAACAGCGCGAACGGGUCUGCGUUCCCGACGAUCUGGAUGACGCAUCCUGCUCAUGUGGUCGGCUAUCAGCAUUAUAGUCUUGCUCGGAUGAUCCUGCACAUUUUCAACCCAUAUUUGAGCAGGCCUAGCCUCGACACAUUCAAGAGGAGAAGGGAAUCAGAUAGAGCGGUACUGGACAACUUCCGAGUGCUGCUGGGUCUGGCCAUCAGCAAUCCCGCGGUUGUAAACGCUGGAUUCACAGCAUCUCAUACACUAAGAGCGUGCGGCAUGUAUCUCACAGACCCAAAAGAGCAGAGCGAAAGCUUGGAACUUCUGGAGAAGAUUCACGCCAGGACCGGUUGGUUGACGAAAGACCUCAUCGAACAGUUGCGCCUUCAAUGGUCUCAGAAUAGCAAGAGAAGUGCCUUCAGUCAUCUUUUCUCGGGGCAAGGGAAUUAA